AGUGUGCUGGACCGCAUCGACGCUGCUUUGAACCAGACUGUCCUCCAGGUGGCAUGGAAUGCUGUGCUGAUGGAGGUGGAUAAUGAGUUGCUCGACCGCUGGGGCGUGACCGGCAGAGAUCGGGCGAAGCGUUGUGGUCGGUUAGGAGUUAUCUGUACCCAGGGGGUGGUUCGCAAGUGGAAGCCACCGUGCAUGGGGCUACAUCAGAGCACGCAGGCGCACCCGUGGGGCGCGGCGGCUAAGUGGGCCGAGCACCUGGGCUCCACGCGCUCGCUCAUGGUGGCUAAGAUCCAGUGGCUGCAGGCAGCCACCGCGAUGUGCACCCUCAGCGACUGCCAGUUUGACGACAUCGUGUUCACGGCGGAUGGAUUUCCGGUCGCGAUCGAGGCCGUCCUGAAGGAAGCCCAGCACAAGUUUCGGCGAUAUCAAUAUGGCUGGAGUGCAAAGUUCAAGGAAUG